GCGGGGUUCGGAGUUGGACUUCCACCUCGUCGCCGACGACCCUCUUCACAUUUGAUUCACACUGACAUAUCGAGAUGGCGUUCAGGAAGCGCAACGUAGCCGUCGGUCGGCAGCCUACAGCUGGUACAGGUGAUGCUGCUCCAGCCAGCAUUCCAGGCGUCCGGCCGUCGCCUGUAUCAUCGUACACUGUCACAUCCACCGGCACACCUUCGCUCGACGGUCUGCUCGGCGGACAUGCGGGACUCGCGCUCGGCUCGAACCUUCUGAUUGAAGAGAGUGGAACGACAGACUUCGCGGGCGCCUUGUUGAAGUACUACGCUGCAGAAGGCAUUUGUCAAGGUCAUGUUCUGCACGUGGUGGGCAUGGGCGAAGGAUGGGUCAGAGAAUUGCCCGGAAUAGCGGAGGAGAAGAAUAGUAGGAGCUCUGCCUCGAAGUCUGCCGCAGACGAAGAGAAGAUGAAAAUUGCAUGGAGAUAUGAGCGGCUUGGGCAAGCGGGAGAAAGAGCUCUUCCUGAUCGAACGGCCGUUGUCUCUUCCAACAACCCGUUGCAACCAAGUACACCCUUUUGUCAUACGUUUGACCUUACCAAGCGCAUCACCAUUCCCCCGGAUGCAAAAGUCAAUCACAUCCCAGUGUUGCCAUCAUCGAGCCUUGACUCAAUCGUACAGAACCUAUCACGGAAUCUUGCUGCAUCUGCUCCAAACAGCAGUCACAGGCUCGUGGUGCCGUCACUGCUCAGCCCAGCACUUUAUCCACCACUGGCAGGACGUCCAGACAGCUUUAUAGGCUUCUUCAAAGCACUCCGGACGCUUCUACGACAGUACAACAACAAGCUCACAGCUAUGAUUACCUUGCCACUGGAGCUGUACCCACGAUCGUCAGGCUUAGUACGCUGGGCCGAGAUCCUCAGCGAUGGCGUCCUCGAAUUGACGCCCUUUCCACAUCUGAUGGAUGCCUCGAACAGCCUGGCUGAAAGUGGAGGCGCUCGAGACAAGGACGAGCAGCCCCAGGGCCUUGUUCGAUUUCACAAAUUGCCCAUCAACACCGAACGUGGCGAAGGUGGCGCAGGGGCCGGAAACAGCUUAGGUGAAGAUCUGGCUUUCACUGUUAGCAGAAGAAAAUUUGUGAUCAAGCCAUUUUCCUUGCCACCCCUGGAGGGCGAUCAGGAAGCCCAGCAGGAGGCGGGCAAGGUCACUGCGAAGGAUAUCCAAUUCUGAUCAAGAACGUGUUCGAACGAUCUGCUCACUUGCCCGAACGCAGAGCAAGAUUUGCGAUAGAGGUCAAAACUGGAUGGAUGGGCCAGGAAGAUACCUCGAGCGACUAUACGGCGCUGGCGGAUGCAUCAAGACGACUCGAUACAGCCUCUUGCAAUUGUGCUGCUAUUCCGGAACCGCUGGACACUGGCCUGGCAUCUUCGUGCGAAAGUCUCUGCAAUGUGCACCAUUCUCUGCGAGCAAGGAUUAUCUGAUGUGACUG